UAGGCGGGUAGGCGCGGGAGCCUCGAGAGCGCUGCUCGGAUGCAGCAGCCGAGCCACCACACUGCGCGCGGCGGUAGACCCAGGACCAGCCGCCGUUGGCGCGCUGGGUGCGAGAAGAGGACUCCGUAUUUCCGUCCCUCCCCUUUUUCCUCUGAGUCUCCGAACGCUCCCGCUCUCAGACCCUCCUCCUCCCAGGUAAAGGCCGGGAGAGGAGGGCUCAUCUCUUUUCCAGGCACCCCACCAUGGGCAAUGCCUCCAAUGACUCCCGGCCGGAGGACUGCGAGACGCGACAGUGGCUUCCCCCGGGCGAAAGCCCAGCUAUCAGCUCCGCGAUGUUUUCGGCGGGGGUGCUGGGGAACCUCAUCGCGCUGGCGCUGCUGGCGCGCCGCUGGCGAGGGGACGCGGGGUGCAGCGCUGGCCGCAGGUGCUCCCUCUCCUUGUUCCACGUGCUGGUGACCGAGCUGGUGUUCACCGACCUCCUCGGGACUUGCCUCAUAAGUCCGGUGGUACUGGCUUCAUACGCACGGAACCAGACCCUGGUAGCACUGGCGCCCGAGAGCCGCGCGUGCACCUACUUCGCUUUCGCCAUGACCUUCUUCAGCCUGGCCACGAUGCUCAUGCUCUUUGCCAUGGCCUUGGAGCGCUACCUCUCGAUCGGGCACCCCUAUUUCUACCAGCGCCGCGUCUCGCGCUCCGGGGGCCUGGCCGUGCUGCCAGUCAUCUACGCAGUCUCCCUGCUCUUCUGCUCGCUGCCGCUGCUGGACUACGGGCAGUACGUCCAGUACUGCCCCGGGACCUGGUGCUUCAUCCGGCACGCGCAGACCGCUUACCUGCAGCUGUACGCCACCCUGCUGCUGCUCCUCAUUGUCGCGGUGCUCGCCUGCAACUUCAGUGUCAUCCUCAACCUCAUCCGCAUGCACCGCCGAAGCCGGAGAAGCCACUGUGGACCUUUUUUGGGCAGUGGCCGGUGCGGCCCGGGGGCCCGCAGGAGAGGGGAAAGGGUGUCCAUGACGGAGGAGACGGACCACCUCAUUCUCCUGGCUAUCAUGACCAUCACCUUCGCCGUCUGCUCCUUUCCUUUCACAAUUUUUGCAUAUAUGAACGAAACCUCUUCGCGAAAGGAAAAGUGGGACCUCCAAGCUCUUAGAUUUUUAUCAAUCAAUUCAAUAAUUGACCCUUGGGUCUUUGUCAUCCUUAGGCCUCCUGUUCUGAGACUAAUGCGUUCAGUCCUUUGUUGUCGGAUUUCAUUAAGAACACAAGAUGGAACACAAACUUCCUGUUCUACACAGUCAAAUGCCAGUAAACAGGCUGACCUCUGAGGUCAGUAGUUUAAAAGUUCUUAGUUAUAUAGCAUCUGGAAGAUCAUUUUGAAACGGUUCCUUGGAGAAAUGAAAACAGUGUGUAAACAAAAUGAAGCUACCCUAAUAAAAAGGAAUAUACAAACAUUUAGGCUGCGGUCAAGGCUACAGAUGUGCUGAUAAGGCACUUCAUGUAAAGUGUCAGAAGGAGCUAUAAAACCUAUCCUCAAUAAGCAUGGCACUUGGCCUUUGGAGGAACAAUCAGCUGCAUUUAAGAUCUCAUUGCCUUUUGAUUUAAGCUUUCCUUUGAAUGACAAAGCAUGUGGUUUUGUAAUUUGUUUAAAACCCCAAAUAGUGACUGUAUUUUCUAUUUUAAUCUUGCUACUACCGUUAUAAACAUUCCGUAUACAGCCAGACCACAUUAAACAUCAUAAGUAUUCUCUAGAAGUUGAUAUGUGGAAGCAACCAACCUGCUGUCUUGUGAUCACUUAAUGAACCAUUUAUUUGAACAAUGAAGUUGAAAAUCAUAGGCACCUUUUACUGUGAUGUUUGUGUAUGUGGGAGUACUCUCUCGUCACUACAGUGUUACUCUUACAAGAGUGAAGUCAGUUGGUUAACAUCAGUUUUGUUUACUCAUCCUCCAGGAGCUACACAUCAACACGUCAGGUUAUUUAUUUUAUAAUGUCCGUUUGCUAACAGUGAUCAAGAAGACUUGUUCUCUCAACAAGCAACAAUAGAAAUGUUUCAAGAGAGUUAAUUCUCAUUAAUAUUCUUUAUCCUAUUUCCAGGAGAGGAUGUACGUGGCCAUGUAUAAAGCCAACUAUUAGGAUUAAAAACUGAAAAAUCUGGUUCAUUCUUCAGAUAUACUGGAACUCUUUUAAUGUUGAUAUUGGGGCCAUGAGUAAAAUAGACUUUAUAAGAUGACUGUGUUGUACCAAAAUUCAUCUGUCUAUAUUUUAUUUAGGAAACACGGUUUGACUCAUAUUAUAUGGGAAAUCAUGUAGCAGUGAGUCAUAUCUUAAUAUAUUUCUAAAUGUUUGGCAUGUAAAUGUAAAGUCAGCAUCAAAAUAUUUCAGUGAAUUUGCACUGUUUAAUCAUACUUACUGUGUAGACUCAUCUGAAAUGUUACAAAAUAAACUAUAAAACAAAAAUUUGAAAACAAUACUAUUUUAUGAACUUCCUCAAAUAACAUUUUGCGAUUAAUAUAAACAUAAUAUCUUUUAAAUGAGAUCAAAGUGGAAAAAUUAUAUUUAAUUUGGCAGAUUUGUAAAGUGUGAUUGUCAGGUUUUUAAAGUGUGGUUGCAAAUUAGAGAUUAAAAUAUUCAUUAUAAUAUUUGGUAUUGGAAGAUAUUUUUUUUCUUUCAGUUUUUACCCUUUCAGUAUGGUCUUUAAAAUAGUAGAACCAUCUUAUUUUUUGCAUAGUGUUAUGAUAGGAUAAACAUUUACUUAAAAAAAGAA